AUUUUGUUCUCGAGCUAAGGGAAAAUAACCGAACUGCAAUAGAAACGUGAAUUUAACACAUCCAACACAAAAAGCCAGAUAUAUUGGCUGCACCAAAUUUAGAGUUAUCCCCGAUACGAUAACCGAUUAUCCCAAAAACAGGAUGUUGCGCCAAUAUCAAUUGAGAGUCCCCAUUAGGGACUUGAAGCUGAAGCGCUUCUUGACUUUCAAUGCAAAGCAGAUGCUUGCUUACAUUGAGCCGGUGAAAAAGGAGCCGCUGCCUAAGAUGCAAUCGGAGGCAGUGCAGUUGGUGCCGGAGCCGGACUGGAUGAAUCGCUACAAUAACAAUUUGAAGCUUGGCCACUACGAUGAUAUGGACAUGGAGCAGGCCACCAGCGUCGCCCUCGUUCCGUUCGACCAUUCGACCAUUGAGCAGAAUUUGAAGAACGUGAGCACUUUGGAGCCACAACCACACCCACAGCCGCAGGAGCAACCGCAGCCACAGGCGCAGAUGCCGAAGCAGCCGUUGCGCAAGACCAAUUACAAUCCUCUACGGCGUCGCAGCAACGUUGAUCCGGCGCGUGUUCAGUAUAUCAAGGAUCGGUUUAAGGACGUCAACAUGGAGACCGUCACCAACAACAACAAGACGCUGAAGAAGAAGUUUGUCUCGCGCACCACACUUCAUUCGGGCCGCUUGGACAAGAUCAAUUAGAUCACUCUUGCGAUUUGCCAAUGUGUACAUCAAUUUUUGCCUUCUGUUUACUUUUGUUAAUAUACUUGGGCCUUUAAAUUCAGUUAAG